AAGAUGGUGAGAGACACACAUGCGUACAACGGUAAUUACAAUGCCCAGGAAAAAUGGAACCAACCUCUGGCAGAAUAAGGGACAUCGAGGCAACCAAAGCACGACGGGAACUUUAUAGUUGCUUCCAGCGCUACUUGAUCAAACCCUUCCGGGAACCUCCCCACAGAACUCCCAAGCCACCGACACGAGCGGAGAGAGAGUACCUGCUGGAAGACAAGCGUAAAAAACUGACCGGAUUCCACCCUAGGGCCGAGCAGAGAUUCGCCAUCCACCCGGCUACACGCCCAGACGUGAGCGAGGAGUCCUUGCGUCGGAGGAACGCCUUGUUGAAGCACCACUGCCCCUCCAUCAGCUCCCGAGGCUGGCUGACUCUGGGAAGACUCGAUCCCAUCUUCCCGCCCCGGUCGGAGCGAGUGUACAACAGCAACGUCUGGAGGUUCUAUGUCUCCCAGUCGGCGGGACAUCACGCCAACAGAGACCGUGAGCGCUUCCCCAACCUGAUCGCCUCUCUCUACCCAAUCACCAUCCCAACCCCCUCGUCAAUGAGGGGCAAUACCUGGCUGCGAUUUGUAUCCUGCGGCAACCUGUACAUUGACAUGCGGGGGAAGAAAAAGGCAAUCGGACUGUUGGAGAAAGAGCUGGCUGAUGACAAGAAACUAAAGAUAAAGAGCGAAAGCAGAAUGCCCCCAAUAGACAUCUUUGGGAAUAUCAUUCCCCCGGAAAACCAGCAUGGGUACGUGGGCAGGACUCCAGUUUGCUGCCGUUACCUAACGGACAUCGGGACACAAUCCACAACAUGGGAUCUUAUUUAGCAACAGUCUUCCUGUGUAAACAUAGGGGACGAGAGGAAAUGUAAAGAUCAGUGGUGCAACUCCUCGUGAAUUACAUGACACGAGAAAGCUUGCCGGCUCUGGUCUUUUCUGCAAGAAAUGUCAAAGGAAAUAAUGCAGAUAUUAAAACAGUAGAAUUAAAUUUAUAGUUACCGGACUAACCAAUUAUUACGACAUGUUCUUGGACAUUUUUAACUAAUUCCUCAAGCAGAAACAAGUAAAUAGAGGUGCUGGUUUAACA